GGCCUGUCUCCAUUUGCCAAGAGCUCCCAGAUGGCAGAGAACCCUACCGAUAUUGCCCCGGUGGGCCCCCGCCUCACCCCUGAUGAAAAUGAAUUCCCCUUUGGAUACCCUACCAGCAUCUGCCAGGGUACCCCUGAGCUCAAGUACUUGUGCUGUGGUUGCCACAAUGUUCUGAAGAAGGCCCAGCAGACCCUAUGUGGCCAUCGGUACUGUGCUGCCUGCCUCUCCUGGAUAGUGAGGAUCAGCAAGAACCCUAUCUGUGCAAGAUGCAAGGAGGAGAAUCCGCAGGCUGUGGGUGAUGAAAGUUUCUUAUCGGAAAAGAAGGCUUUCUUAGAUGCUGCCAUUAAUAAGGAGAUCUCAGAGCUGAGCGUGCAUUGCGUGAUUUCUGGGUGCGGCUGGACUGGCCUCAUGAAGAAUUUUGAGACACAUGUAUGUGGAGGGAUCUCCUUGAAGGACCACAAGCAGGCCGAGACCAAGAUCAGCACAGAAGAGAAGGAUGACUUGGUGCCUGCUGUUGAGGUCCAGGCUAAGUGCCCCUUUGUAGACAUUGGCUGUUCCUUCAAGCAGGGGAGCCCGGAAAUGGUGAAGGAGCAUGAGGCUUCCUCACUGAAAGAUCACCUAAGGCUGCUGUUACAGCUUAUGAGCCAAGUGAAGGCCCAGUCAGAUUUCAACACAGGCAAAGGGAUAUCAGGACCCAGUCGCACGGAGCCCAGUGUGAAGCCCCUGGAGAGAAACCUGUCCGACCUACAACUGCAAGGAGCUGUGGAGGUGAAUGGUGACUUGGAGGCCGAGUACUUCCAUGUAGCCUCCUCUGACUCUGAGGAGGAGCUGGCCCUCCAGAGGUUCAUGAAGGAGAAGCUGCUUGCUGAGCUUGAAGAGAAGCUGCACGUGUUUGAGAAUAUUGUGACUGUCCUGAACAAGGAGGUGGAGGCCUCCCACCUGGCCAUUGCUGCCUCUGUGCACCAAAGUGGACUGACCCAGGACCACAUCUUGAGCUUGGAGCAGAAGGUCAUGGAUUUGCAGCAGACCCUGGCCGAGAAAGACCUUGCCCUGACCAAGUUGGAGCAGAGCCUCCAUCUCCUGGAAGAGGCUUCCUAUGAUGGCAUCUACCUCUGGAAAAUCACCAAUUUCACCCGGAGAUGUCAUGAGUCUGCAUGUGGAAGGAUAGUCAGUUUGUUCUCACCAGCUUUCUACACUGCCCGCUACGGCUAUAAAUUAUGCCUUCGGAUCUACCCGAAUGGAGAUGGGACAGGAAAGGGGACACACCUUUCACUCUUUAUUGUGGUCAUGAAAGGGGAAUAUGACGCUCUCCUGGAGUGGCCUUUCCGCAAUAAGGUCACAUUCAUGUUGCUGGACCAGAACAACAAAGAGCACGUUACUGAUUCCUUCCACCCAGACCUGUCCUCAGGCUCCUUUCAGAGGCCUCAGGGGGAAAGCAACAUAGCCAGUGGCCGUCCUAUGUUCUUCCCACUGAACAAACUACAAUCCCCCAAACAUGCCUAUGUGAAAGACGACACAGUCUUCCUCAAGUGUGUUAUAGAAACUAACUCAUAGAGCUGAGCUACAGUGCCCCAGCCAGACCUUAGAGGAAUGCUGCAACAAGAAAACACUUAGAAAGAAGUUGAUGUAAAGAAUCACUCACACUGUUGGAAAGAACCUUAGAGGACAUCUAGCCCUGCACACACCUCUUCUUUAGCACUCCAGACAAGUGGUCAUGUAGGCUCUGUUUGAACACUCCCAGUGAUGGGGAACUCACUACUUCUAAUGGCUCCACCCAUUCCAUUGUUGGACAGCCCUAUUAAGAAGCUUUUCCUUGAACCUCCUUCCCAGUGACUUCCAAUGACUGCUCUUAGUUCUGCUUCUUGAGCCACGCAGAACAGGUUUACUACAUCUUGGGAAGAGGGCUUGGUCUAAGGCAAAAACCUGGGUUCAAGCCACAUGACUCAUGAGCUAUGAA